AUGGGGUACUCUAGUUCUCAAAAGGGAUACAAAUGUUAUAACUCAUACACUUGGGAGCUUGUUGUCUCUAGAGAUAUUCGGUUUGAUGAAGUCACUCAUUUCUUUCAUAAGGAUUCUAAGAAUAAUCCUCAGGGGAAGAGUUUAAUGGACACCUUUCCACUGCCUACUCCUGGAAAAAUUCAAGCAAACCCCUCAAACCCUAUCAUUAAUUCCAACAUUGAUGAAGUGGUCAGUGAGGAAGUACCCAGUGCUCCAACACCACAACCACAAGCUGCAACUCCACAAUCAGUAGUAGCACCAAGAAGGAACCCUGCUCGAGAUCGACAUCCUCCGUUAAGGUUACAAGAGUACGUUACGUACUCUGCAAGGUACCCUAUCUCUGAAGCUAUUACUUACCAAAAAUUGUCAGCCUCCCAUGCAUUAUUUCUAAACCAAUUGUCAAACAAUCUUGAGCCAAGAAGUUUUCAAGAAGCCGUGUGUACACCUGUGUGGCAAAAAGCCAUGCAUGAAGAGCUCAAAGCAUUGGAUGAAAAUCAAACUUGGAGUGUGGUUGAUCUUCCUAAAGGCAAGAAGGUUGUAGGAAGUAUGGAUAUACAAGACAAAAUUCAAUUCCAAUGGUACCAUUGA